AUGUCGCUAUCCUCAUUAGAGUCACUCCUACGCGAAUUGGCUACGCAUGUACCGAGGAGCCUGAGAAUGGAUGACAGCGGCGCCAUUCCAGUCGCCAUGGACGCAAAGCCGCUCGUCACCGAUAUCGCUGGCGUAUGCACAUCGCUGGAACAAACCGAUCUCGAAUACGCUGCCAGCCUCUUGUUCAAAUCUGAAUGCUCGCUUAUUAUCUUUUUACGACACAACCUCAACACCAAGGAAGCAAGCAUUCAGUCUGCGCAGACAGAGGCCCUCCGGUUCCUUGCCGAUUUCAUCUCAAAGCAGCAGAAGGUUUUACAGCCGUAUUGCUACACGAUUGGGCAAUGCUGCUUCGCACUUGGAUACCAUGGUUCGGGUCGUGUCAAGUCUGCGGCUAUCGAGACUUUAAUUGUGUUGAUGGAUCAAAGCAAGAGCCAGCUUGAUGUGGGUGAUCUGAAUGUGUCAGAGUUUUUUGCAAAGUUCUCGCAUGCAUAUACUCUCAAUGUGACAAAGACAUCCAAUUCUACCAAGGCUUCCAUUCUUGAUCUCUUGGGCACCAUCAUGUUGCAUCAUCCUACCAAGGUCUCAGAACCCCAAGUAGCACAGACAUUUCGGUGGUGUCUUGGAACAUUGCAACAUCAGCUAUUCACCAGCAAGGAAGCUGAAAACAACCUUGUCACAGGCGCUCUUCGUGGCUUGAGCAAAAUGGUUGAAUCAUCACACAACACAAUCGAAAGGGGAUCCGAAGACGCACAGCAGUUGUAUAAAUGCAUACGCCGCUUGUUUGACGUACCAGAACACUUAUCACGCUAUGAUGCACCCAUUGCUGCCUUACUCUUCCUCGAGAAACACGCAUCUUUAUUUGGACAAUGGCUUGUGGAUGAUUGCAAGUGGUUGUACGAACACUUGAGAGUGUUCAUUGAACAUCAAAAUCGGGACAUAUCAAAGGCUGGUUACAGUGCCAUCAAUGAAUUCAUGCGACAGGUUUCUUAUGCGUUGGCAAAGCAAGCGGAAGGACCUAGUGAACGAGCUGCAUUUCAGUAUCUUCUUGGGCAAUUUGAUGAGACUACUCGCACCGAUCCUAGUCAAUUAUCUCUUCGAGAUCUAUCAAUCGCUAUCCGUGGCAUUGGCUACCUGUCAACUGCAUUCUCAAAGCACUUGAGCGUAGACGAAGUGGAAAUUCUCAAAGAUCGUCUAGUCAGCAUGAGCUCGUGGUUCUAUUCAGACUACAAUGCCAACAGGGAGAAUUUCCAAGGACAAAUACCAGCAUUUAUUCAGGCGUAUACUUCCUUUGCCAGCAAUAUCGAGACACUUUCAGCCUCUCUCAUGUCCACAAUCGUAAAGAUGGUUGAGUCUUUCAUGUACAACUAUGCACGAUUGAGCAGCAUCACACGUCCAUCCGGCAUUUAUGCCAUACAACGUUUAUUACGAGUACUUUAUGACAAGGGCGAAGGAACAUUACGAGGAUUUUUAUCAGAUUUCUUUUACAAAGCCCUGACUUAUACAUGCAGCGACGUCACCAAUGAUCAAAGUGCACCAGUGUACAUGGAUUUCAUCUACUUUUGGGAAUCAGUACUUUGCGACAAAUACGACAAGAACAUGAAGAAGAAGGAUGAUGACCAAGCAGCAGAGAUUCAAAAGCAACGACAAAGGAUAUACUUUGAUGAGUUCCUAUCAUCCUUCCUCAAGAUCAUCGAUGCAUUUGACUUGGAAUACAAAGAUGUCACGGACAAGGAACAGCGUGGUGGAGAGUCCGCCGACCAGCGUGAGACAUACAUUGCAACUAGCUUUGGAGAUUUAAAAGCAACCAACACCAAGGAUUUCAUGCUCUUCCACAACAUGGUCCAGUUUUGGUGCAUUCUUUUACCCCGUUUACCAAGUCAGCGUUUGAAAGAUUGGUUCCAUAUAUCAGCUAGCGCCAUCAUUUCACACAGCAUCAAACGACAACUCGUGAGUGGAUUCUACAAAAUGUUGGCAACCAUGUUGUCGGUCGCAGAUCAGCAUGGAUUCUUUCAGGGAUACAAGGAGCUUUAUACCAAAGAGCAGCAGCAGCAAGGUGACCACCCCGAUGAUAUAUUCAAACUUCUUCCAAAGACGAAGACGGAUCUUUAUUCUGCAUUUCUCAUUAUUCGGGAUUUCUUGAAAGAAGUAUGGCAACGGCAACAAUUAUUCAAAGACGAGCUAUUGGCGGCAUGUUUGCAACUCAUGCUUUCAUACCCUCUUGCCUUUUUCGAUGUACGUGAGCUGGUGACACUUAUUCAAUCAGCAUUGAAGAUGGGUGUUACCUUUUAUCCCAUGGCCACAAUUGCUUUGGAUGCCCUGGAUAAAAUUGUGGAUCCUCCUGGAGAGACAUCAACCACCCAAGACUUAUCAUUUCUCGUCGACGUCCUGCCACUCUUGAAUGAAUACCUGCUGAUGGAUUUGCGCGUCAAGGCCAACACAUACAAGGAACCUAAGAAAAAGGCAAGAGUUUUGACUACUGCGGAGCGUAAACGACAUGAGAUCCAUUUCCGAGCAACCUCUGAAAUUCUUGGUGCGACGACGAUAGAGGAUGUCAGCUUGGGAGAUAUCCAACUUCGUGUGAUGCGGUUCCUUGGCAAGAUUGGAGGAAUCAACAAGCUUAUGAUAAAGGCACAAAUGGAUGCAGCAAGUGGAGCAACGGCUGGAAGUGUGGGACAACAACUGGUUGCAUGGGAUCCUAAAAGAAGACUUCAUAUUGGUGUACCUUUCCCCAAAGCCAAAAUCUCCCUCUCAUUCGACAACCUCCUCCCGCGCAUCUGUGAACUUGCUGAAUUGUCGCCGGAUCGACAAGUCAAGGUGGCAGCAUGCGAGCUAUUACAUGCACUCGUCAUUUUCAUGAUUGGUGACACAGCUUUUCGACCUCCAAGAAUUACCAGGAACAAGGAUGAAGAACCUGAAGCACCUUAUAUUCGAUUGUAUCGACGCAUCUUUCCCAUCUUGUUACGGCUUGCUGUGGAUAUCGACUUGGUCCCACGCAAGAUGUUUAGCGAUCUCAACGCCCAAGUGAUCCAUUGGUUCACCAACAAUACCCAAUAUGAAAAUCAGGAAACGGUGACACUCUUAUCCGCAUGUCUUGAUGCAGCUUGCUCUGAAGAUUCUGGUUUACGAUCGUAUGGAGCUGAAUGCGUGAAUGAAUUCGUAAAGUGGACCAUAAAGCAGCAAAGUGUGCGACAAGAAAGUCCUUUGAACAUCCGAUCCCUUCUCAAGCGAUUAUACAACAUGACAUCUCAUCCAAGUGCCAUGCAACGUCUUGGAGCAUGUAUGGUGUUCAACAAAAUCUAUCGCAUCUUCCGUGAGGAGCCUCAGCUUGUCAGCGAGUAUACUCUGGAGCUAUUAUACCACUUGUUCUUUUGUCUCAAGUUGGCUGAAGAUGAUCUUCCGUAUAUUGGUACUCGAGAACAAGCCAAACAAGGCAUUCGCCAUAUUCACCGUAUCUUGGAACGAAAGGCCACAGUAUUCCUUGAGCAGGAUGAGACGCGAAGAAGGGUGCCUGGUAUUAAACAAGCUGAUUUGCAAUCAAUGGUCGCAUGGGCAUUUGGACAAAGUGGCGAGCUGCAACGUGAAUACGCAAGAGAAUGCAUGCAUUUCUUUACCGAGUUUGUGAAAAAGCUGCCAAAUAUCAAAGAUGGACGUCAAUGGUUGGAAAAGGCAUUGAGCAAGGAUAAUGAUCUCGUGAUCCGUAUUUUCGAGCCGCAACGUCUUCGACAAUCCGAAUUUACAAAGGCUGGUUCAACCCUAUUAUGGCUGCGACAGGUUACUUGUUCGCUUGACGGUUACAUUUGGAUCAUUGAAAACGACAUGAUGGAUGCCAACAUUAUCUUUGAGCAACAAGACUCGGUUCUCUUGGAAAAAUGUGUUUACUUUUUGGAGCACAAGCCGUCUGAUUUGCUCAAGAUUCAAGGCAGUGAUAGCGCCAUUGAACGGACACGUGCUCAAUCACUUUACGCUUAUGGAUCAUACCAGAUUGUACGCAUGCUCACUUUGGCGGCAAGAUCAAAAAAGAGUGGACCCAUCUUGGAUAAUUCCGGCCUUUUAUUACACCCCGAGCUUAUCGAGGCCAUUGCACAGAUGCUGAUGCUUCCUGAACAAUAUGUCCAAGCCGCGCAAGCUGAAAAGAGCACCAUAUCCACGUUGAUUUCGACCGAAAAGGUGCGCCGUGCUGCUAAGGAGAACAUUCAAAUCAUGGCAACAAUCAGCCCCUCUGAAUUUCUACCACGUAUUGCCAAGGCAUGUGCUUCCAUUCAAUACUCGCAUCGUACCAAUUUAGCCGCCUUGCAAUUGGAUCAAUGUAAUAUGAGCGACAUGAUGCAAAUCGUAGAAGGUGUCAAGAUCCUCCAAGAGCUAAACUUGCUUGAAAACGUGUGCAAUGUAGCACCAAGAUCAUCUGGAAAUCACCCUACAGCCAUCGGCUUUUGCACUGAUCUCUUUGGCAAGUUCCGACAACUUCAUUGGACUGAGGAUCCUGCUUCAAUUCAACUACUUGGGAACAUGCUCAAGAUCGCAUUCCAUGAGGAAACGGUGGCAUCACAACAUGCAAAAGAGCUUCUCUUCGACAUUGGCGAAAACGAUACCGAACGUCUUGCAGUGUAUCAAAAGUUUGGCCCCUAUAUGAACGAUUGCUUUGCUAUCGAUUUCAAGAUAUUUGCUCCCUUAAUGAUUGACAACAUUUCGGACAGCUUCAUCCACACCACGAUGCUCGGCUUGGCCAAACAUUUACAAAGAAAUCAGAAAACACGGCGAAAAGAGGUUGUUGCAUUCAUGAAUGAGCUUGUACGCGAGCCUGGAAUCCUUCAAAAGCUGUUGGAUGAAUGGAAGGAUCUAGUGAAUCUCCCCGAUUUGAUUGCACUGUUCAAGUCCAUCCUAGGAGCCGACGUUGGUCUUUUAUCAAGAAACAAGAAGGAGCCCGUAUUCUCUGUCUUUUGCCAAGGGCUGCUUACAUUUCUCAGAAACGAUGUGCCGUUGGCUAUCAAGAUGGAAGCGUUCGAUCUGUUACCUGCAUACAUUUGUAUCGAAAGCGAUUAUCUUGAACAGAUCAAGCAAGCAUUGAAGGAGACGGUGAAUCGUCAAUUCCCACCUUCAUCAAAGGAUUUGGAUCCAAGUUCCGAAAUGUACAAUACUUAUAUCACUGCACUGGACAAGCUAUUGGCAUUGAUGAACGAAGUCUAUUCCGAGAUCAUCUUUGAGACGCUUUUGCCAAUCUUUAUUCAAGAAGAGGAUCAUGUGCAUGCGAAAGCCAUCAAGGAGGCUAUUUCCAACUUUGCAAAAAAUCUCGGCCGAAUCCGCUUCGAGACUGUUACGGAGCGCUGCUUUGGCUACUUUAUGGAUCGCGAGCUUGACAUGUUAUGGCGACGUAAUGCGGUGGAAUUGUUGAUAUCCUUAUUGCAAAAGGUGCCUCAAGAUUACAUGUUUUCCUUUUACAAGCGUCAUGUUUCCGACAUUAUGGGCAUUCUGAAUCAAGAGGAGCUACGACGUGGCACUGACAAGGAGAUUUGCCACACCCUUUAUUCUCGAGCAGAUUAUGGUCAGCAAAUCCAUGGCACUACAAGUGAACUUGCAAUGCAUUACGAGAAAGAUGGUCCUUCAGCGAAUGGCACAAAGUUGACAAACGACCUUCUCAAUGAUUACAUCCGCUCAAAGACACCCAAGGAUCCUCGUGAAACACCAGUGGUCUUGGAAUCGCGUCGACGAUAUCAGCAAGCGGCGUACAAUGCUAUCGCCAAAGCCAUUGAUCGCACCCAGUCAAAGCCAAAGAUCUUUGCAAAGGCCCUUUUUGCUGAUCCCAAGCAGCAACCUCUAUGGCAGAAUAUUGUGGAUGUCGAUGGGAAGCUCGACCUCAAGGAUCAGUUUACAGAAAGGAUGUCCAAGAAAAACAUUGAAGAUUUUCGUGCCAGGUCCGGCUUCCGUGCGUCUGCAAGCAACAUGACAAAUGAUCAAUACAUGAAGUCCAUGCAGCUGAGUAAAAGCAGUCUCGCCGAACCAUCAUUCUCUCAGAUGGUCCUGGAAGCCACUGGGCAGCAAAUUCCUGGCAAGGAAACCGAAUCUCUACCGGACGAUCCUAUGGAGAUUGAUUCUGAAGUGCAAGAGGAAGUUCAAAUGGAUGAAGACGCCACACCCGAAGAUGAAUAUGAAUUGGAUGAGAUCAACAAGAACCCAUGCAUGGAAACCAUGGUCACAAUCAUCAAGCGCUUGCAUAACGUCAUUGCCAAACCCGAGAUGUAUACAUCCGGCAUGCCAGAAUGGAUGACAGCUCUAUCAAAAGUUUUCAACGCAGCGGAUACACCUUUGAAUGUGCAAGUGUACAUUGCCCGCUUGAUCUGCAACUGCAAGUAUGCGUUUGCACCUUAUGCCGCUUACUGGAUUCGACCUAUCAUGAAGCUAGCUUUGAAAGGCAACACAUUUGGUGCACCCAUCAACUACCUUGUGCAAGAUCUAGUGGUUUUGGUGAUUGUUUGGGGAGAGCAAGUUACCUUUAAGGAUGACUAUGACGAUCGUUUAUUGAUUUCAGACUUUGUGCAUUAUUUGAUCAAGAACACCCUCAUCAAGGAGAACAGUGGGGUGCAGGAGCUGCGUGUUAUCAAGUUUCGAGUGUAUUUGGUCAAGAAGCUAUUUGACUUGUGGGGCAAACUUGUUAUUGUUCCAACGGAUAUCAUUCUUGACUUAGCGACAAGGAACCAAAAGUCGAGAGAAAAUCUUGCCGGCUUACAAUUUGGAGGCAUGUUUCUUGCACAUGAUUGUGAACUUUACUAUGAUGGCCCAGAGGCGAACCUUCGAGGAUUGACCGAAGAAGCAUUCUACAACAAACUUGCAAUCAAUUUCCAUCACAAGUAUCGUGACGUUGUUGGCGAUGCAGCUGAGGUGUUUGCAUGGUCCAUUGAAUUGAAAAGGAAGAAAGGGCAGCCGACUGAUUAUCUCGAGAAGCUGUUGAAAUCAAAGUUGACAUCAUUGGAUCCCCAAGUCGGUCAGGGAGGCGACGACGCACGUUUCUUAGCUUGUCUUACGCGUAUCCAGAUCCAUUGUCGUGAUAUUACCGAGCAAUACAUGAACAAGGUCCUUCGUUUGUUACCGCACGUCUAUGGCAAUGCCCAGGUGAUGGCACUUCAAGUCAUUGGAUUUGCAAUCGAUAAGGUGGAGGAACCAUUCGUUGAUCUCAUGAAAAACAAGGCUUUACUCAAGAUGCUGAAACACGCCAAUGAUCAAGCACAAUCUAUUCUCCUUGGUAUAUUGAUCAAGAUCGCACCCACUUUGAGCCCAGAACAAGUCGAAUCAAUUUUACCAACAUUGACAAAUGUCUUUGAGAAGCACGCCAAUGGAGAAUGCCGAUCCAUGUAUUACACAUUCCUGCAAACGGUCAAUGACAAUCUCAUGGAUACUCCGACACCUCUGAGAUCAAGUAUCAAGGCGUGCUUGCUGCGUGGAUUGACAGAUCAAAGCGAGGCUAUUAGAGAGGGCUUGGCGGCCUAUUUAAGGAAGAUCUUCGACCUGAAUGACAAUGUAUAUGAUCGAUUGAAGGCGGUAUUAAGCAUGUAUGCUCCGGAGGUGGAGGAUGUCUAUAUUCUCUAUUCAAUCCAUUUGCUGCUCGAAGGCACAAAGGAGGCACAAGAUUUCGACAAACCUUUAUUCGACGCACCUCUUCCCGAAGCUCAUUUUGAUGAUGAAGAUCAGCAAAUCGACACUUCGUGGCAUUAUAAUGCUUCAAUGACGCCCAUGUUUGUGUUGUCACAAGAAGUGCGACCUCCACGACCACGUGCUACCGAUCAAGAAGGCCUUAUCCGUGCUACGCAAACCCAAUUUGAAUUCAGCUUAACUCAAAGUGUGACAGGCAAUACGCUUGCUUCAUCCUAUGCACCCCCUCCACCACGCACAUCAGGUCCUUCGGCAACACAAUCAACUUUUGGCACCCAAAUGUCUCAAUCUUCGGCAUCACAAGGAAGCAUGGUUAAAGGAAAUGACCCUUACAAGAGCCUUCACAUGCGUAUGGUCAAGCAAAGCAAGGAUGAGACGAACAAGCAUUUCCGUUCAAUGCAUGACAAAGAUGCGCGUACGCGAAUCCGGGAGGAAAAACAAAGACGACAAGCUGAGGAAAAACGGGUGCAUCUAUUACGGAGCUAUCGAGUUGGUGAAUUACCUGAUGUCCAAAUCAAGUACAAGGAUUUGAUCGUUCCUCUUCAAACGCUUGGUUGCAACGACAAUGAAACAGCACGUCUUCUAUUUUCAGAUUUAGUGGUGGCAAUCACCGAACAAGAACCAUCGGCUCCGAACGAGGAGAAGAAGUAUCGUGAGCAUGUGCUUGAGCUUGUUCGCAAGAAUCUUUUCCAGAGCAUCGACAGUUUUCCACCAGCUAUUGGCUCCUUUUUACGCAUUUGUUACGACUUGGACGACAAUCAAUUGGAGAGUACCCUUAUCAACAGCAUAUGUGAAAAGAGCUACAAUCAGCAUAUCGGUAUUGCUCUUUUGGAAAAGCAAGGAAUUCUUGGUAUCGCCCCAAGACAAGAUACCAAAAAGAAGCGUACAUCCAAAUCACAGGAGAAGCUUGAUGUCGGCAAAAAGCAUUGGAUCAAUCUCGCGUUGCUUUAUCGAUCGAUUGACGAGCCUGAAAUCUUCCAGCAUUUAUACCAAAGCUACGUUGCAACACAACAACUUCCAAAAGAUGCUAUCGACGCCGAGAUUAGUGGACGUUUUGUGGAAGCAUGUAAUCUUUUUGCGGAGUCACAUGACAAGUACAGUGAAGGAAAUCCAGAAGAGUCAUUUUUAUGGGUACACGAACGCAUGAAAUGCUUUGAACAAUUGCUACAGUGGCAAGACAUUGCGGAGGCCAUAAAACCGAACAUAGGCGGAGGUUAUGAGUUGAUCUGGGAUCUCGUUGACAAGGAUGACUAUAUGGAGUACUUUUUGCGAAGCUUUACCAAAUUGCGAGAUGGCUGGAAUGAUGAGCACAACAAUCUUAUCGAAUGGACCGAUGACAAUCCAAAUCCGGUGUAUCAAUUUCUUGCAUCUGCCAUGACAAUCCCUGAUCGGCAAGAUUACCUACUUCGAAAUUUCGCAUGCGAGGUAUCAAUCAAUGCCAUUGUCGAAAAGGAGUUUGAUCGUGCGGGAUACUAUGUGCGCAAUGCAUAUGACGCCUUCCUUUCUACAUGGACCACGUUGCAUCCACUUGCUCAUGGCAGUCGUAUGGCCCAACUCAUUAAUUUGGAAAGGGCCACUGAAAUGGAAGGCUUUUUGGAUGUCAUGUCUGAUUUUCAACGUUCCACAGGCGAUCCAUCAAAGAUGACAAAGUACCUACAAUCACUAUUGGUGCGAUAUCCGAAUGCUCAAUUGGAUGCCAUGGAUGCGUGGGAUGAUGUCAUUGACUCGAGGAAUGUCAUGGUCGAAGAACUUGAAAGACUUUGCGAAGAUCGACAGAUAGUUGAUGUGAUGGGUCCUAAGCUAUUUGAUUGCCGCAAGCAAUCUAUACUCACUAUGAUGGCAGCAGCAAGAACACAGGGCAAUGCCUCCGUAGCAAUGAGCCACCUUGGUCGCUUGGAUGAUCUUGGGAUUAGUGGUCGAGAACGCGGACUUGUCGGAUUGCAGAAUGAAAUCACGCUUCAAGAGUUUAUGGUGGAUGGCCGCAAAAAGGCUCACAUGCUAGCAAGAAUGGUUGCCAAUAUCAUCAAGGAUGAGCAUGAAUUGCAACCAUCAGAAGACCUCUAUUAUGAAUACCAGUUUGCAGCUGCUCAUGUCUUCGACUUGGCUCGCCUCACAAUCCAACAAGAUCCAAAUGCGUUCAAGACCAUCUUAUCCAACUCUGCUUUCAAAAAGCUUCAUGAGUCUCGCAAUUUCAAGGAUGCAACAACGAUGGCAAAUUAUCUGGGCCACAAUGGAUACGCGUACAUUAGAGAUGCAUGUGGUUCUUCCGUUGAUGCUGAAGAUCCACUGAUGCAAGCCAAAUGCAGUUGGAAGUUUGCCGAAUACUGUGACAAUGUUAUGCGUGCAAAUGAUGUCUAUACGGAUACCCAGGUCAAUGUCCCUAUUGAAUACACUCGCAUCGUGAUUCAGGGUUAUUUUUCAUCCAUGGAAGCUGGCAAUCAUCAAGCCAUUGAGCGGUUCCCACGUAUGCUUGAAUUGAUCGAACGAUAUCCAGAAGUCGGGAGUGUUUUCAAGGAAAGGGCCGAAGCAUUUGAACAAGUGUGGAUGUACAUUCGUUGGAUUCCUCAAAUGGUGGCUAUUCUCGACAGACCAAUCGCUCUCAACAUCUUCCCUGCGUUGCACAAGCUUGCCCGUGCAUAUCCGAAUGCCCUCUACUAUCCAUUUACGAUCAGCAAUGAGCAUUAUUCAAGUAUGGGUGAUCAAUUGCCAAAGGAGAAUCGACAAGAAAUCGACAAGUUGGCAGCUGCUAUCCGUUCACCUUUGAUGGAAAAGCUCAACUUUGAAUUGCGAAGACUUGGUAACCCUAUGACGAUCGCCAAAGACUUUGUGGAUAUUGUGAGCGGUUACUUUAACGAUCCCAGCAUUUCCAUUGAUGCAGUCAAGGAAGCUUAUCGUGAACUAUAUGACCUCGUGCUGGAUAGGGGCAACCCCGAAAUUGGAGAGAUCCCAAAGGCUUUUGCUACUAGUCAUGGAAGCUUGUUCACUGAUACAUUUGGUGAAAAUGGAUCCAAAUUGGAAAAGUUGAAGAAGGCAGAUUUCCAAAAGUUCAGGGGAGCUUUCGAGAAGGUGCUUCAGCGAGACAGGAACAAGACACCACGGACUAUCAAGUCUCUUAAAGCCCAUUCUCCAUGGCUAGCUAAGUUUCAUGGUUCAAACUUUGACGAGCAGCUGGAAAUCCCAGGCCAGUAUUCAGGAAAAUCCAGACCAGAUCCUGCAGCCCAUGCAAAAAUCAUCAGCUUUGACGAACGUCUUUUGCCACAAAGUUCAUUGAGAAGACCCAAGCGGCUAACCAUGAACGGAAGCGAUGAGCGGCCACACAAUUUCUUGGUCAAGGAAGGAGAGGAUUUGCGUUUGGAUCAACGUAUUCAGCAGCUAUUUGGAGUUAUGAAUGAGAUUCUUGCCAAAGACCCUUACUGUGCAAAACAUGGAGUCUCGAUCAGAACGUACAAUGUUGUACCUAUGACUACAAGCGUCGGCAUGAUUGAGUGGGUCAAUGACACCAUCCCCCUAAAAGAAUGUGUGUCACAAGGCGUGUAUGGAGAACAGAUCAAGGCAGCAUACAAUAAUUACAGGAGAUAUUACGAACGCGAUGUACGACAAUACGUCACGUCCAUCAAAACACCUCGCAAGGACAUUGUAAACCGAUUUGAGGACGCCAUGCGUGGCAUGGAUAGCAGCACGUUGCGUCAAUACUUGCUCCAAAUGGCAUCAUCCCCUGAAGCAUUUCUACUCAUCCGAAAAGGCUUUAUCAACAGCUUGGCUGCCAUCAGCAUAUCUGGAUACAUUCUCGGCAUUGGUGAUCGACACAUGGAAAACUUUUUGGUCGAUAAAAAGUCUGGACAGAUGAUUUCGAUUGAUUUUGGACACGCAUUUGGCUCGGCCACUGAAUUACUUCCUGUGCCAGAAAUGAUGCCAUUCCGCUUAACAAAGUGUUUGACCGGCACAUUGGAGCCAUUGGGAUUGGGAGCACUCGAGUUGGUCAUGACACAUGUGUUACAAAGUUUGCAUCAAAAUCGUGAUACAUUGCUCAAUGUCAUGGAUGUCUUUAUUAAGGAGCCUUUGCUGGAUUGGAGGAAGCAGGCGAUCAUCGAAAUGACAACGCAACGAUCCACAAAUCGAUCAUCAUCAACCGCCACAGCAACCAAGUCAGCUCAAGCUACCAGAUCCAAUACAAGUACGGGUGGUGGUGCUGCUAGCGGUGAACCCUCAUCAUCAGAGACAACCAGUAUCAGUGAUCAAAUUGAGUGGUUCCCUCAACAAAAGCUUGACGCUGCACGCAAAAAACUUAAUCUUGAAAAUCCCGGGUACACCAUGGCAGCGAGCAUCAGACGUAACAAGAGGGUAGAGAAGGAGAAAUUGGGAGAGAAGUUUGCGGCACUUGCCCUUGGCGACCCGGAUUACAAUUAUCGUGCAACCAUUGACCAGGAAUGCCCAUCGAUUAGGGACCAAGUUCGAUGCUUAGUAGAUAUCGCUACGGAUCCAGCAAUUCUUGGUAGAACGUGGGUAGGAUGGAUGCCGUUUUGCUAA